AUUUUGGGCAACAGCCAGACUCUGCAAGGAUGCUUACCUUCCAGCUUCCCAUUUACGCUAUAUUUCUGAUUGCAGUUGCCCUCAAGGCCUCUGCCUUGGACACCUAUAUUGCUGCUGUCUAUGAGCAUGCGGUUAUACUAUCAGGAGAGACCCCCAAACUUGUCACUCCAGAAGAAGCCUUGAGGCUGAUGAACCAAAAUCUAGACAUCUUAGAAGGAGCCAUCAAAGCAGCUGCUGCACAAGGAGCCCAGAUCAUUGUGACACCCGAGGAUGGCAUUUACGGUUGGGUCUUCACACGAGAAACUCUUUAUUCUUACCUUGAGGAUAUUCCAGAUCCUCAAGUCAACUGGAUUCCAUGCAAUGAGCCUGAAAGGUUUGGAUUCAAUCCAGUGCAAGUCAGACUCAGCUGCAUGGCAAAGAACUACUUCAUCUACGUGGUUGCCAACAUGGGGGACAAGAAACCAUGCAACUCCAGUGAUCCCACAUGCCCCAGGGAUGGUCGCUAUCAAUACAACACCAAUGUUGUUUAUGAUUGGGAAGGGAAGUUCGUGGCACGUUAUCACAAGUACAACCUUUUUGCAUCUGAAAUCUACUUUAAUUAUGCGAAGGAGCCACAGUUUGUUAACUUCAUUACCCCCUUUGGGAAGCUCGGUGUUUUCACUUGCGCUGAUAUGCUUCAGUUUCGGGAACCUGCCAUAUCACUGGUGGAAAAGUUCAACGUGGACACGAUCCUCUUUCCAACUGCUUGGACGAAUGGUCUACCACUUUUGUCGGCUGUUCAGUACUUCGCAGCCUGGGCUAUGGGGAUGCGCGUCAACGUCCUUGCAGCUAAUAUACACAAGCCCAGAUGGGACAUUACUGGGAGCGGCAUCUUUGCCCAUGAUGGCCCCAAGGUGUAUCACUUCGAUAUGGAAACGCAGAAUGGCAAACUCCUGCUUGCGGAAAUUGAUGUUCACCCCCGUCUUUCCCCCACCUAUCCUCCCCCUGUCAACUGGAGCUUAUAUGCCUCAAGCCUCAAGCACUUGUCCCCAGAGAGCCCAGUGUUUACUGCGAGCAUCUAUUUCGAUAAUUUCACAUUCACGGAACUAUCCCAGGAAGUAGGAAACUACACCGUCUGUCAGAAAGGUCUCUGCUGCCAUUUGAGCUACAGGAUAGCGCAAAGGCAAAAGGAUGAAGUUUAUGCGUUGGGUGCUUUCGAUGGGCUUCAUGUAAUUGAAGGACAGUAUUACCUGCAGAUAUGCGCACUUGUGAAGUGUAACAAUACCGAUUUGAAAUCGUGUGGGCAGGAAGUAGACAGUGCUCAUACAAGGUUCGAUUACGUUUCCCUCAGUGGGACAUUUAACACUAGUUACGUGUUUCCUGAAGUCUUGCUCACCGAGACUCAACUGGCUCCCGGAGAAUUUCAGGUAUUGAACGAUGGGCGUCUGGUCAGCAACCAUCCCAUAUCAAAACCAGUCUUAUCUGUGUCCCUUUUUGGAAGAUGGUUUGAAAAAGACCCGCCACAUCCACUCUCCACUUCUUCAUGAGUUUGUCCUUCAUUGCAUCGCUUCCUUUUUGCAUGAUCGACACUCUCAAAUAUUCAUCCAGUUGCUGUAAUUUAACUUUAUCUCUCUGUUUUCCUGAACUCUGUGGGGGUCGUACAGCAGAAGCAGACAUAAACAGUACCAAUAUUCCAAUGCAGGACAAACUGGGCUGCUUGUUUCAGGAGGAUUAUUCAGCUAGGAGAAUCGCAUGACAGUUUCCCCUGCUCAUGCUACAGUUCAGCCUUUCCCAACCUGUUGUCCUGCAGAUUGUUGGACUACAGCCACCAUAAUUCUCAGCCACCAUGGCCAUUGGCUGGGUUGGGAUUAUUGGAAUUGGUAUCCAAUACAUCUGCAGGGAACCAGAUUGGGAGGAAGCUGCCAUCACACAUAACCAUGAACGUGGCAGAUGCAACUUUUGCUGUUAGUUUUAUUAAUACUUAUACUUCUCUGUGAAUGAAAUUGUAGCCAAAUGUAAUCUUCAUCUUAUGACUGGGAGGAAAAGAACCUUAUAUGCCAGUUAGUGCCAAUUCAAAAUAUACAUGUAGAGACCACUGUCUGUCAUCUUCUGCUCAUCAGGGAGGAAUCGACGACCAUCAUGAGACAAGCAUUUUAUAGCACGCACGUUAUUGGCCAUUCACAGAUGUUUGCGGGCCCUUUUGAUGAUGAUGCAUGCCUCCCACGCAUGUCCUUAUCCUUCUGCUCUUUUUUCUAUCAAAAAAUAAGACCUGGAAAAUCUGAUUUAUUUAUUUUUUACUAUAACAAGACCUGCCACCUUUUCCUGCUUUGUGCAGGAGAAGCAACAUGAUUAAAAUGCCCACUGAAAGGGCCAUGUGGUCAUUGCUGCUUCCUCAUUCUUCCCCAUGUGAAGAAAAAGGAAGCUGUUUGUCCCUAUUGUGGGACAGGAGCAGUAGGCAAAGCGAUGGUAGUGAAAUGCGAUCCUCCCCCUGCCCCCCGCCAUCUGAUGAGGUUCAACAUUUUUUUUAUUGCUAGUAGAAACUGCUUUGUCCCUGAUAGGGGCUAAUACUUAGAAACACUCGUUGUGUUUGUAACUUCCCUUCUAGUUCCUAAGUUACUUUGGGUACUUCCAGAUGAAAUUUUUAAUCAUACAAUUACCCUACCUCAUCCAUAGAAUUGCACUUGUAAACGCCCCCCCCCCCCCAAUGUUUUCCUACCACUUCUUCCAUCUUUUUCUUUUUUGGCACACACAUAAAAUAUGUUAAGGGGGAAAAGAUGAGGGAUGUCUCUACAUUAAGGGGAAAUUACAUUGUCUUACCAGGGCUUUGUGCUUCCUGCUUUUUUUGUGUGAUUCCAAUGGACUGCAUUACACGGGCGGAGAGGGGUGACCACAUGGGUUGAAUUGCUUACCAUGUGAUCUGUAAUUGAAAACUUCCCCUCCUCAUGGUGCUGAUAUACUUGAAUGGGACAUCACCCUCUAGUGGGUGCUUUGUAGUGCAACUCCAGCUGCAACUCAUUAGGAAAUCUCACAAUAUUUCAGAAGAAUCAUGAUAUCCAAGAUAUUUUUUUUAAAGAAUGGGAUUACCAGGCAAAGGUGCGGAAGACAUCCUAGAGGUUGAUGACAUCAUGUAAUGGACCAACAAACUUCCUUGAGUGGCCAGUCAGGAGCAUGCAGUAAAUCACUCAACAGUGUCUUUUGAUUGGUAUUGUUUGGUGCCUUCUCUCUAGAAGUACCCCUGUUCACAUUAGGGGUGGGAAGUGUGGCCAAUCCAGCUCAUACUUCACAAGGUCAUUAUGACAUCUGGCCUUCUAUUUGUCCUGAACCCAUAUGUGUGAGUUCAUAUUUCUCCUGCUCCAGUCGUAUGAACAAUUCCACCAAUCAAAAAUAGAAAAAGCUAGGUGUCCAGGAGUAUUCUUGGGAAGAUUUACUUAACUGUGUCAUUCCACAUUUUCCAGUUUCUUGUUCCUUUGCUGCUCUUGCUAUGUGCUGUGCCACUGUUUGGUCUCCAGCUGUGUUGUUCAGGCUGAAAUGUACACAAAAUUACUUAAACCCAUGGAAACUUGCAAUUAAGCUUUUGACCCCAGUUUUUCCUUCCAUUUAAUUAGCCAGAAACGUAAUUUACUUCAGUUUGUUGUAAGUCACUGUGAAUGCUAUUUGUAUGGAAAAGUGACUGACAUGCUUUGUAAUAAAGAAAAUAUUUU